AAAACCUUGCUUGUGUGUGUUCAUGGCUGGUCUAAGUAACUCAAGUAACAGUGCGCAAAGUGAUGGUCAAGCCGGUAUACCAUCUGCCUACAGAGGAGUCCGGAAGAGAAAAUGGGGCAAAUGGGUGUCUGAAAUCCGCGAACCGGGGACCAAGAACCGUAUCUGGCUAGGCAGUUUCGAGACUCCUGAAAUGGCUGCAACUGCCUAUGACGUUGCAGCAUUCCAUUUCAGGGGACGAGCGGCUCGUCUCAACUUCCCUGAGCUCGCCAGCAGCCUGCCACGUCCUGCAGACUCUAGCUCAGACAGCGUUCGCAUGGCAGCUCAUGAGGCAGCACUCCGCCUUAGAACAGAGCCAGUAGAGCCAGCCAUGCAAGUGGACACCUCAAGCUCCUCCAACGUAGCUCCAACGAUGGUCACACUCUCUCCCAGAGAAAUUCAAGCGAUCAACGAGUCGACUUUGGGAUCUCCUACCACGUUGAUGCAUUCAUCAUAUGAUGACCCAGUGGAGUUUGACAAUGAUGUGGGGAUGAAUGAAUGGGAUGCAUACCAGACUGACUCUCUUUGGGACCCCUAAUCCCAAACUCAUGGAGAGAGAGUUAGUUUCCAGCUUAGUAUGCUUAUUUAUUAGGGGUUUACUUUCCAGAGUCUAGCACAAGGGUUGUUGACUCUGACGUUAUAAUAAAGAAUAAAGUUUGUCUGAGUUUUGGAGGGAAGGGAAGUUGCAUCUUCUAAAGGAACAGAUGAGCUUGAUGGGUCCCAGAAAUGGACCUGUUUAUAGUAUUAUUCUUCAAAUUAUUUGUCACUAGUAGAGAGACACAUAGUUUCUAUUUCAUAAGCUGUGGUUAGGAGAGAAAUUGUGAGGUGUG